UCACUUGAACUCCAUUCUUCCCGUAAACCAAAUCCAGCACCUCAGAAAACAUGAGCGACUACAAAUACCAAAGCCAAUGUGACCCAUGCCGCCGCAAAAGCAUCUCUUCUGGGAGCGGCUCUGGAGGCUACGGACAGAGCAAGGGUGCUAGUUCUGGGAGCGGCUCUGGAGGCUACGGACAGAGCAAGGGUGCUAGUUCUGGCAGUGGUUCUGGAGGCUACGGACAGCGCAUGGGUGCUAGCUCUGGCAGUGGCUUUGGAGGCUACGGACGGUGCAUUGGAGCUGGUUCUGGCAGUGGCUCUGGAGGCUAUGGACGGUGCAUUGGAGCUAGUUCUGGCAGCGGCUAUGGAGGCUAUGGACAGCGCAUGGGUGGUAGUUCUGGCAGCGGCUCUGGAGGCUACGGACGGUGCAUUGGAGCUAGUUCUGGCAGCGGCUAUGGAGGCUACGGACAGCGCAUGGGUGGUAGUUCUGGCAGCGGCUCUGGAGGCUAUGGACAGCGCAUGGGUGGUAGUUCUGGCAGCGGCUCUGGAGGCUACGGACGGUGCAUUGGAGCUAGUUCUGGCAGCGGCUAUGGAGGCUAUGGACAGCGCAUGGGUGGUAGUUCUGGCAGCGGCUCUGGAGGCUAUGGACGGUGCAUUGGAGCUAGUUCUGGCAGCGGCUAUGGAGGCUAUGGACAGCGCAUUGGUGCUAGCUCUGCCAGCUGCUAUGGAGGCUACGGGCAACGCAUCAGAUGUAUCCCGUCGUAUGGCCCUAGUUGUUACCCACCAAUCUACUGGGGUGGUUAUGGCCGUAGCUGCUACCCACCAAUUUACUUAGGUGGCUAUGGUAGUAGUGGCUCUCCGCAGACCUCCUAUGGCGGCAUGGGUGGUAGUCGCUCCUCACAGACCUCCUAUGGUGGUUAUGGCGGUCGCUGCCUCCCACAAACCUACUAUGGUGGUUACGGGGAUGGUCGUGGUUCCACCCAGAUACAAUAUUAUGGAGGCUGUGGUUAUGGUGGCCUCUCUGGUCGUCGCUCUAGCUGCUACGGAUUGGGGUAUGGACUUAGGCAUGGUAGCAUCUGUUACAACCCUUGUGGUUACAGUUCUGGGGUCUGCUACCCCCUCUCUCGAAGGUACAGCUGUAGCAGCAUCGAUGGACCCUGGUAAGAUCUGGAGGGGACUUCCAAUGAAGACAUAAAAUGGCCACACAGACCAGCGAAUCCAUCGCUGAGCUUUCUGGGCACUGAUGCCAGAGACUCUAAGUCCUACGCUUCCCAUUGGGUGCUCAGCACUUGUCUCAGUCAGUCCCACGCCUGCCUUUCUCAGAGUGUGCUCUGCCUUUACUGAAUGACUAUUUCUCCAAUGGACACUACCUGCAUCUUCACGGAAGCCCAGUGCCAUCUUAACCAGGCUCUCUUUUUUUAAUGCUCUGCAGGACAACUGGGCAAUGGAGAUGCCCUCCGUUUUUCUGUCUGUACUGUAAUGUUUGGAUCGAAGCCUGCGGUGGUUCAGUGCAGCAAUCCGCUUUCUGCUCUCAAAUUAAAACGCUUGCUUUGCAUCACGA